AUGGAAACUCGAUGUAAUCCUACAAAGCUUCAUGGACCACUAAAGAAGUUGGGGUUUCAUGAUUUCCUGCAUGUGGAUAAUGUUGGCUUCUCGGGAGGUAUUUUGGUAGCAAGCAAGGAAGAUAAUAUUAAGGUGAGUUUGAUCUGUUGUGGAGAUCAAUAUAUCCAGCUGCAAGCCCACAAUAAAAAUGGGCAAAAGUGGGUUUUUACUGUGGUGUAUACUAGCCCUUAUGAAGGAAAGAGAAGAUUAUUAUGGGAGAGCUUGAAUAACAUAGCGACUGCAAAUAACAAUAAUCCUUGGCUUAUGGCGGGGGAUUUCAACGAUAUUGCUUUUGCCAAUGAUAAAAAGGGAGGAGGUUUAGCUUCUGCAAAAAGAUGUGGUAUUUUUAGAGAUAAUAUGGAUAAGUGCAACUUAUUGGAGAGGACCGAUUUAUCAUGGGGGCUGAGGAUUUAUGAAAGAUUAGAUAGAUCUAUUGGUAAUGAGGAAUGGCGUUUGAUGUUUACUGAUGCACAGGUGAAAGUUUUGACCAGAGUCGAUUUUUCAGACCAUCAUCCAAUUAUGAUUGCUUUGGCUGGUAAUAAUUAUGAGAGGAUUCCUAAGCUCUUCCGUUUUGAAAGCGCCUGGGUGGUGGAGAAUAACUAUGUUGAUAGAUUGAAAGGCUAUUGGAAUAUUAAUGAUAGCUUAAUCAAAAACCUUAAGAGAAUUGAAGAGGAUGCUGUGGAGUGGAAGAGGUGUUCGGUGCAGCAUGUUAAUAAGGUGAAAAGAGGUAUUAUGGCAAGACUGCAAGGUAUCCAAAGAGGUAUUCAGAAUAAUAAGAACACUUCAGGGUUGUUAAGGUUAGAGGAGAAGCUACAGAGGGAGUUGAAUAUGAUAUUGCGGCAAGAAGAGCUUAUGUGGUUUCAAAGAUCUUGUGCACAGUGUUGGACUUGCUGGAAGAACACUACUGCAAGUUUUCCCAAUCUGGCGGAAGGAGAUAUUAAUAAUUUGAAUAUAAAGAUCAGUAAAGAGGAGGUUAAGAAGGCUUUGUUUGACAUGAAACCUUGGAAGGCUCCUGGACCAGAUGGGUUUCCCGCGGGUUUCUACCAGAAAUCAUGGGGAGUUGUAGGUGAUAGUGUUUGUAAUUUCAUUAGCAGACUGUGGGAUUUUCCGAGUGAGAUUGCAAACGUGAAUAAAACUGAUAUAUGUUUAAUUCCCAAGACUGAUAAUCCAAGUAUGGUGGCUCAAUUCAGACCAAUUUCUCUGUGCAACACAAUCUACAAAGUUCUUAGCAAGAUUGUUGUUAGGCGCCUUAAGAAGCAUAUGGAUAAUCUGAUUUCUCCCUAUCAGACGGGCUUUGUUCCCGGUCGACAGAUACAUAAGAAUAUCAUUAUUGCGAAGGAAGCGAUGCAUACAAUGGAAAAUAUGAAAGGUAAAAAAGGAGCUUUUGCUAUCAAAGUUGAUUGA